GGGCGCGCCCCGGAAGGGGAAGUGCUGUGCCGCGGAGGUGGCAUUUGGCCUCCGAGGUAGCGGCGGGGGCUGGCGGCCGCAGGGAGCCCGCGGACCGGCGCGGCCUCCCGUCCCGUCCCGUCCCGUCCCAGCGUGGCGCGGCUCCUCGCCUCUGCCCUCCCCGCGGUCCCGGCCCGCUGUGCGGAGCGGCCGCGGUGCCCAGCGCUUCUCCCCCCCGUACCGCGGGCAGGGUCCAGCCGCCUCAGGUGAGGGCUGAGCCCGCCCUGGGCUGGGCCACCGCCGCCUUCCCCCGGCCGCGCCGGGCAGAGCCGCGGCUUCUGCACACCCGACCCAGAGCGGGCCGCCGCUGGGGGCUGAGCCGGCCGGAGCUGCCGGGCAGGACAGACAUGGCUGAAGGCCUCUCCUGGGACCUCGGUGUCUGCACGGGUUAAGGCGUGCGGGGCGAGGUGGAAAAGUUGCUGUUGAAUUUCACUUUAAAGGACUGGACAGAAAGCAGCGAAAUGGAUGAUUUCCGCUCCAUCUGCCUGCUAUCUCUGGCUAUGCUGGUUGCCUGUUAUGUGGCAGGGAUUAUCCCUCUGGCAGUUAAUUUUUCAGAGGAGAGGUUAAAGUUGGUGACUGUUUUGGGCGCUGGGCUGCUGUGUGGAACUGCCUUGGCUGUCAUUGUGCCAGAAGGAGUACAUGCACUUUAUGAAGACAUUUUGGAGGGGAAACAUCACCCAGCGAGUGAGGUGCAGCAUGUGAUGGAGUCUGAGAAGGCAGAAAUCCCGGUUGUGCAUGAGUAUGGCCAUGACCAUUCCAGGUUGCAUGCCUACAUUGGUGUUUCCCUUGUCCUUGGCUUUGUCUUCAUGCUGCUGGUGGACCAGAUAGGCAGCUCUCAUGUGCACUCUACAGAUGAUCCAGAAGCUGCAAGAUCGGGCAAUUCCAAAAUCACCACAACGUUGGGAUUAGUGGUUCAUGCUGCAGCUGAUGGCGUUGCAUUGGGUGCAGCAGCUUCUACUUCGCAGACAAGUGUCCAAUUAAUAGUGUUUGUUGCGAUUAUGUUGCACAAGGCACCAGCUGCCUUUGGCCUCGUUUCCUUCCUGAUGCAUGCUGGGCUGGAACGUAAUCGAAUCAGAAAACACUUGCUGGUCUUUGCAUUGGCAGCACCUGUUAUGUCCAUGGUGACAUACUUGGGGCUAAGCAAGAGCAGUAAAGAAGCCCUUUCGGAAGUCAAUGCCACCGGAGUUGCUAUGCUUUUUUCUGCUGGGACUUUUCUUUAUGUUGCAACAGUUCAUGUCCUCCCAGAAGUGGGAGGAAUUGCUCACAGCCACAAACCUGAAUCAACUGGAGGAAAAGGACUCAGCCGUCUGGAGGUGGCAGCCCUAGUCUUAGGAUGCCUUAUUCCUCUAGUUUUGUCCAUUGGACACCAUCACUAAAUGCUCAAAGUUCACCGUUCUCCUCGAUCUGACCUGAGCAGUAACUGUUGACUGCUCCCUUUAUUAUUGUCUGUCUUACCAUCAUCCAUCCCAUCUACUUUUAUGGAGUUCAGAGGGAAGCUUGAUUGCAAAAUGAGGAAUACUGGGAAAGUUUUUAGUGUAGCAAAAUGUGCUUUGGCAGCCGGACAUUAAUUCUGUGUAACUUUCUUUUUUGAAGAAUUUGUUACUGUUCUAUUUUAAUUGUUACUUCUGGCCCUAUUCUCAGGGAAGAUGGAAUUCGGAGUUUAAGAAAGGUGAGUGGGGAAGAACUUAGUGACUCAUCAUGAAAUUGCAUUCACCAAAGUAUCCUGCAAUUCAGCUUUCACAGCUGAGAACAAAAACAAAGGAUGGCUGCCUUUUAGGAGGUUAAAAUCUUAUUACUAGUGAAGUAGGGGGCUCUCCCCCAUUGGUUUUAUGUUGUCCUGACAAUGUGAUUGAAUUUUGUUAUGUUUGUCACAAACAGUAUUGUAGAAGUGACCUACACCCUGAACGAUGCUGCUGUUGUGACAGAAGCAUCGUUGUUAGGAUAAAAUUCUCUGAACAAUUUAUAUGGUUAAUAUAGGAAAUAAGAAUUCAGCUGGUUAAGGAAGUGCAAAUGUGUUUUGCAGUGUAUUCCAUUAUUUAAGACAAAGGAUAGAAGUGAGGAGAAUAUUAUUUUGAUUGUUUAUACAAUUGUUAAUAACUUAAAAAAAAAAAAAGCAGAAUGUCUUGGAAGAUUAUCUUCCACAAACUAAGUCGAUAGAGUGUAGGCACCAAAAACGUUAGCAGGAAUUAGAUAUUUGAUACUGUGAUUAUACUGCUGCUACGCUUGAGAAAGAAAUCCACAAUGUCUUUUGAAAUCAAGCUGUUCUGUGCUCUGAGGAGUAGAAAUCUGAUGGAAACAGCUGUUGAGGGAUCAGAGAACUUUACUAGCUCAUCUUUGAAAGUUUGAACCACAGAAAUCCGUGGGGUAUGUGGGUUUUUUCAUUAAAUAAAAAGUAUCAAGGCCAACAAAACAAGAUCUUUGGUUAAAUAAUUAUACUGCAGAUAAAGUACAAAGUGCAUCUAAAGCAGUUCUAAACAGGACAAAUUCUCUUGGGUUUCCAGGGGACCUGAUAGGCAUUUCAAUUUUCCUUUGGGAAUCCUGCAUUCACCUCUAACUGGUGAUCAUUAGUUUUGAUGAAUCUACUUGAGGACUUACUGCCAGCUGCUGAUGCCUCUCACUGUAGAUGGGUGAUAAAACAUCUUUUCCUUUCCAAGGCACAGCCUUUGCUUGUCAGGCAUUUUUUUCUCUCAUUCAAAAUAUAUUAUGCUCUAGUAAUUGUAGUGCAUUUAAAAAGCCAAAUGCUUGAUGUGCGCAGACUCAACACAUCCUUGCUUUGUGGGGGGGGAAACAAAGCUUUUUAAUUCUUUGCCCAUUUUAAGCUAUACUUUGCACUUCUUAAUGUUGCCAAAUAUUCUUCUGUUCUUAAUUUUUGUUGUUUGAAAUGGAGCUUCAAAGCUUGAAUAGCUUGUUUCCUGAAGCGCUUAUUGUUUCCACUUGAAUGUGUCUUUUUUUUAAUACCAUUUAUUGCUUAUAUUACAUAGGCCAUUGUGCCUCUUAACUUUACAUUUCUGUCACUGUUCUGUUUGUCUGCUAGUUCAACAAUAGGUCUUGGCCUGGCUUCUGGAGUAGUGAGUACUCUGUUUGCUUUGUAACAACACAGAUGUACCCCAAGAUUGAACUUGGUGGUAAUCCUUAGGAUUGCUUGUUCACUUGUGCAUUUUACCACGAAAUGGUAUCCUCCCACAAGAUGCUAUUUUUGAUUAGAAUUAGUGUUUGAGAUCUAAACAAGCAUUUUUGACACUAGCCUUCAAACACUAAUCCUGGUCUGAAAAGCCGCUGCAUAAAUAGCAACACAGAUAAGGUCCUCUCCUGCACAUUAUAUUUGCUUUUACAGCGUACACAUACAACUCUUAAGCUCCCUGUUGAAAAGCUGAGUGAUACGGAUUGCAGAGCUCCCAGUGUUCUUCCUGAUUCCCCCUAAUGAUGUUCUCCCUUCAUAAUCUCACUGUAUUGCUCAUAGGAAUUGCAAGGUCCGCUGCAGAAGCAUCUCAGUGCAGCAGCAGAUGCUUACAUCUUGUGGAGCAGUUAGUUUUUAAAGAAAAGUAGGUUAUCUGCUCAACUAUACAAGUCAAGUCAUUUUCCUUUUUCUCCCACUACACCUGAAACAAUUUACAUUGCAAGGUGAGGGGUUUUUUUCCUUGAAAACCAAGGCAAAGAUGAAGAUACCUGAGUGUUGCCGAGCACCAUUUGAUCAUGAUGGAUGAUGCUGACUUGCACCAGCCUGUAGAGAAUCUGCUUUAAUUUUUGUUUUUCUAGAGGAACCUUAGGCUUCUCUCAUAACUACUAGUCCAGUAGUCUAUAAGUAGAGCACACUUGAUCUGGAGCCUCAGCUAGAUGAUGAAAAUGCCAGUAAGGAAAGAUUGUUCAGUUCCUUUUUCUUUCUUUUUUAAACCAUCAUCCAUCCUUUGCACGUGCACCACUCCCCCCCAACACUCCUCUAGUUAAGCUAGCAUCAGGGCUUCAUGCUCAUUUUAUGUUUAACAAUUGUAAUACUUAGGGAGGCAUGUAGAUAAGGUUCCAUUUAGUAAGUGUGGCUCCUGUGUAUCUGAAUGGUACCUUUUUCUAGGGGUGUGUGUGUGUUGUUUGAAGAUGCGAAGGCCAACCUAUUUGCUGCUGACUUAACCUCUGGCAUGUUAAUCACAACAGGUUCCUUUGCUGAGAGGUUUUGCCAUCUUCCGUUCCUCCUAUCCCUCAGAUCAUAUUUCCAGUUUCUGGGACAACUACCAGAAGUGCUAAUACUUGAUUUAAUUAUUUAUGAGCUUGAGAGGCCAAGUUACAACAGCAGGCAAAGGGUUUUAAAUGAAAACAGUGAUGGCUUAAAGUUGGCACAGAAAAAGUCCAGUAACCUGUAGCUUUCAUUCUGGCACCCAGUUAAGUGAUAGGCUUCUGUGGAUUUUUUUUCCCCCUGUCCAUUUAGAAGCAGCAACAAUAUUUUCUAUUAUUUAGCUACAAUGACACUGAUUAAGGAAGAUCUUGAUAACGUGAUAAGGGAAUAAAAAAUUUCCAAUGACUAAACCUUUCCAAAUUAUUAGUUCCGCAUGGAGGAUUUUCUUCAAGGAUGGAGUUUUAAGGAGUUAAAAUAUUUCAUUUUAUCAUAUUCCCUUUUUAUCUAUUCCCCAUCUGUCACAGUAAAUCCAAGCACUGCAUGUAGUCAGGGCCAUCUGGUGUCGUUUUCUACUCCUCAGGGGACCUUGGUGCAAAAAAAUUCUUUCUCUCUGUAAUAGCCAUUUCUGCCUGUCUUUUUUACUGUGAGGUAGGUGGCAGUAGGUCUAGCAGGUAGCACAUUAACUAAGUGCCAGGCUUUUUUUUUUUUCCCUCUCUCCUCUAAAUCCCUGUAGUAGGAAAUCUGUAAUUGCCUCAGCUGGAUUUUCAUUUCCUGAUUUCUUAAUUGGCAGUAGGAAUUGGGCUAAGGCUGUGUUUCUCUUGAUUCCAGUGUGUUCAGCUACUUUACUUACUAUUCUAAUUUCCUUAUUGUUUUUUUUUAAUAAAAAAGGGAAAUAUUUCUUUUUCAGCACCUGAUGACAGGUACAGGAGCUGAACUGACAUUAACUUGUGUGAGGAAGGCAGAACUGCCACACCAGCGUAGGAAUUUUUGAUAAUUGUUCCUUGUAAUGUCAGAUGGCCAGGUGGUAAACACAGAAACCCACUGCUGACUUCUGAAUUUCAAAGAACUGUUCCUAUGUGGAUUGUGUAAAAGAGUGAUGUUAGAGACACAAGAAGUUUAUUCAGAGUUCAGAGCCUGGUGUUUGUCUUCAGAGAGCUUUUGGCAGCAGCUGAUGUGUCUGCGGUAUCAGCUUUGUUCAGAGUAACAGGGAGGCGCUGUGGAAUCAGUGUUGCUGCUGCUCCCUUAUUCUGUGCUGCUUUGCUGCAUGGGACCUGGGAAGAAGUGUAUUCUUCUGGGGGCAGGUGGAGUGGUUGUGGUAGGUUGGAAAAGGUUAUGAUGAAUUUCAGAUUCCUGUUCACCUCAAACUCCUUAAAAAAUUUUUAACUGUUAAUUUAAAGUUUUUUAUUUUCUUUUCAUUACAUGUCAGCAGCCUUGGCUUUCCAGGGAAAACAUUACAUGUUAUAUGGUCAUUGCUGUUUACUUAACUCCAUGUAUGGAACUGUAAUUUUAAUAUCUUCUUUUUCCAAACCAUUUGUACACAAAAUCAUUCCAUGAAUGGCUGCCUUAUAAUUUUUCCACUUUAAUUGUGAAUGGUUAAAAUAAUGUUGCAGGUUUUGAUUUGUUUUAUUAUAUUAAAUUUUUACUAGGUGCAGUGCUUCAGAGUUGGCUUCUCAUUUACUGCAUGGGGUUUUGACAGCUCCUAUAAAAAGAAGUGGCAAUUUUAAAUGAGAUGCAGGCAGUACAUGUUAUUUUUCUACAGGUGUUUGUACUGCUUCUCUUCAUAGUGUUUGAGCAUCCCUUGGAAACCUGAAGAAUGAAACUGUUGGGAAAGUCGGUUUGGACAUAAAUACGAAUGAUUUGGAGGUAUAAAAAGGGACUUGACAGCUCUGCUUGAGAAGUAUUUGGCAAUUCUGUCCUACACUAUUUAAUAGUUGGCAUUGCCUUGGGGCAGUUUCUCCUGGCAGAUGGAAAGGUAACCUUUGCUUACAAGGCAGAGACCUCUUUAGAGAGCCAUUAGGAGCUCUUUGGUUCAAGAUUGCGCUGUUAAAAGGCUGGAGAAUGUGUUAGGGCAAAAGGAAAUAGAGAGACUGGGAAGGAGUGAAAACUGCCCCAAGGUAAAUCCUUACUCUUUGCAAGGUGCAAAUACUAAGUCACUUCGUUAUUUUGGAGCCUUUGUAACAAAACCUUUUGUGUGCCUGUGUGCACAUAUUAAAAGUUAACUCUAACCAUAACAGUGUGAGCUUCUCUGCUUUGGAGCAAGCUUGUCACAACUCAGUUUUCCUUGUGAUAGCCAGGUGAUCUGACUGCUUACAUGUUCACAGUUCUCCAAUAUUGCUCUUAAUCUUUGCUACUGACACAUUUUUUUUUC